AUGUUCGGCCUCAUCUUCAGACUGCUAUGCAUUUUGAUAGGCCUCAUCUAUCCUUGCUACGCUUCCUACAAGGCUAUCAAGAUCAAUGAUGCCACUCUCCUCGAACGAUGGCUCAUGUACUGGGUCGUCAUGGGUCUCAUCGGCACACUCGAAGCGACGGUAGAAUGGACCGUCGCAUGGAUCCCGUUCUAUUCUGAAGUCAAGAUGCUCGUCUUCGUAUGGCUAGCACUACCACAGAUACAAGGCUCGACUUAUGUCUAUCUCACCUUUGUGCAUCCUUUCCUGCUCGAGCACGAGAGAGAGAUCGAUGACACGACGACGCGAGCGAAAGCACAAGCAAGAGCUGCCGGAAUGGACUACAUCAAGCGUGCUCUCAGUGCCGUCCGACAUGGCAUUCUCGGUCAAGACCUCGCCAAUGCCGCCACGGCGCUAGAUCAGGCGAGUCCAUACCUUCGAUUGCGUCCCUUCUGUGGCUGA